AAGCGCAGCCAAGUUGAGGAUAAAAUGUGGAUAAGUGAUGCUUUAGCGGCUUUGAUGCAAGAAUCCCGAAAGAAGAAAGACCCGCUCUCUCUUUUCUCAGACGGAGUGAAGCUGCCACAUCUCAUCUUUUGAUUUAUGUCAUAUGGCAGCCAGCGACAGUCACCGCCGCUCCACCUGAGCUCUGCAACUUACUUUGAAAGCGGACUUUUCUUCUUCUUCUUGCUGCUGAAGUUUUCUUACAGCCACAUCUCUGUCAGGAUCUCAAAAAACGGGCUUCGUUCCAAUUCAUUAAAGAAGAGUGUCUUUCAGUGUCCUCAUCCACCCUGCCUUAGUUUGAGAGGAUCACCAAGAUCACUGUCUCCAGCACGUAUCCAGGAUGAGGCAUGUAUCUCGGCGCUGGCCAAGGGGCGUGUCCCUGCUCCUGCUGCUCCAGAUGGCCACUUCUAUGGUGAUGCUUCCAAACUCCACUGACUGGGGGCAGAUUCUGGACAAGUAUAUGGACGAGGAGGGGGACUGGUGGGAGGCCAAGCAGAGGGGAAAGAGGGCCAUUACAGACAGUGAUGCUCAGCUCAUCCUGGACCUUCACAACAAGCUCAGAGGCCAGGUUUACCCUCCGUCAUCCAACAUGGAGUACAUGGUGUGGGACACAGAGUUGGAGCGUACGGCAGAGGAGUGGGCAGAGACCUGUCUAUGGGAACAUGGACCAGCCAGUUUACUGCCACAGAUUGGACAGAACCUGGGAGCACACUGGGGAAGGUACCGUCCACCUACGUUCCAUGUGCAGGCCUGGUAUGAUGAAGUCAAAGACUACACCUUUCCCUACCCUCAGGAGUGUAACCCCUAUUGCCCCUUCAGAUGCUCCGGCCCAGUUUGUACUCAUUAUACACAGCUGGUAUGGGCCACCAGCAGUCGGAUUGGCUGUGCCAUCAACAUGUGUUACAACAUGAAUGUGUGGGGACAGAUUUGGGCCAAAGCUGUCUAUCUUGUCUGCAACUAUUCACCAAAGGGAAACUGGUGGGGGCAUUCGCCUUACAAACAUGGGACCCCAUGCUCUGCCUGUCCUCCCAGCUAUGGAGGAAGUUGCAAGGAGAACCUCUGCUACAAAGAUGACAGCUCUAACCCUCCACAAGAGGAAACGGAGGAAAACAACUUCAUUGAGCCGGAGGCCCCCCGUGCUCCACAGAAGCCCCGGUCUAGGGCCUCCAAGCCCAAGACUCUCAGUCUCCCAGCCCCUACCAAGCCCCCCACGGAGAACCUGCAGAAGAAUGAAGUGGUCAACACACAGCAGAUGUCUCAGCUUGUGACCUGUGACACUAAGCUUCGAGAUCAGUGUAAAGGAACACCAUGUAAUAGAUAUGAGUGUCCAGCUGGGUGUCUAGAUGCUACAGGAAAAGUAAUUGGGACAGUAUACUAUGAAAUGCAAUCCAGUGUGUGCAGAGCUGGUCUACAUGCUGACGUCAUAGAUAAUGACGGAGGAUGGAUGGAUGUAACAAGACAAGGCAGAAAGGAGUUUUUCAUUAAAUCUAACAAGAAUGGUGUCCAGUCUCUUGGAAAAUAUCUGAGUGCUAAUUCCUUCACAGUUUCCAAAGUAGCAGUCAAAGCCAUCACAUGUGAAACGACAGUUGCACAGAUGUGUUCAUACCAAAAACCUGCAAAACAUUGUCCAAGGUUAUACUGUCCGAGAAACUGUUUAGAAGAGAAUCCUCACAUAUCAAGAGUCAUCGGUACCAGAAUAUACUCUGAUAAGUCCAGUAUAUGCCGAGCAGCGGUCCAUGCUGGAGUGAUCAGGAGUGACGUGGGUGGUUACAUCGAUGUGAUGCCAGUGGACAAGCGGAAACACUACAUUGCCUCAUACCAAAAUGGCAUUUUCUCAGAGAGCCUUCAAAACCCCCCUGGAGGGAAGGCGUUCCGGGUGUUUGCUGUGAUUUGAGUGCCGGCUUCACCAAACAGAAUGCCCACUUGAAUAGGCGAAAUCAAGCCCAGUUGUUAAACUCAAUGACUGAAAUGUUUCUUGCUUUGUUACACUCCAAGGGUUGGAGGUUGUCUCCAUGACAGUGUAAACCUAGCAACAAAAACUUGAAACAUACACAAUGGGAAACUGCCUGUACUCACUCGCAUUGAGUUCUCAAUUUGUUAUCUUUAGCAAGAAAUUGUAUUAACUGUAAAUAUCUCUGAAUAUUUUCUUUUGUAUAUUUGUGAAUUCACUUGUUUUUUUGCCAUUACCUUGCCCUUCUAACAAAUAGCUGUUUAUGGAAACAGAUUAUAGAAAUCAUAUUUUACAACAUUAAAAUGGCACUUAAGGAUGAAUAUCAUUUGUGUUGUAUUAAGUCUGGCACAUUUUUACUGGUGCUAUGGAAAACAUUUGUGUCAUAAUUUGUAGUUUUUUAAUGAUUGGCAAACAAAUUUUUACACAUUUAUUUUUAUAUGAUAAUACUUUAUAUCAAAAUGAUUUAUAAAGGAUGCUGCUAUAUGUUUUUUGUAAUUGCCAGUGUGAUGGAUUUUUUAUGUAUGGUUAUUUUUUUUAGAUAAUGUGGUUUAGUUAAAACUCCCUGCAGGUCGGGAAGUACACUCAUUCUUCAGAGUUGUCAUUCUCCAAAUACAACCUAUGUGCCAGACUUCAUUAUGCAUUGCAUUUUACUGGAUGUCGCUACCCCAAAUAUGUUUUCUGGUCAUAUCUAUUACUCUCCUUUUGACACUGAAAAACAGAAGCAAUCCUAUGCAAUAUUUUUAUUUCAUACAGUAUGUAGGGGAGUAGUGUUUUUAAUCACCAGAUAUAUUUGCUCAUAUUUUUACCAGCUCUCAGCUUUCUUUCAAGCUGUAAUCAAUGUAACGGGCAAUUAAUUGUAUUUUUUUCAGUGUUUUCUCUGUGCCUUAUAUAUAUUUUCCUACCUCAUGCUGUUAGGAAAAGUCCAUUUUGCAAUAAAAUAUUACAACCACCA